CAAUUUCUCCACCCAAACAACCCCCCGCCCAACUUCUUCCUUUUGACUCCUACUGUUACACUCCUUUCCUACAUCUUUUUAUACCCCAAGAUUUAAUUCCCUAAUAAAUUCCCCCAAAUUCUUGUUUCUUGAACAAACAAACCCACUUUCACAAUUUCAAUCACUACUCUUCGAUCUGCCAUCUUUAAUCCAAAUAAAGAAAACCCUUUUCUCUAAACGUUCACGAUCACAAAACCCAGUUACAGUUUUUCAGAAUUCCAUCAAUGGCGGCAGCCACGACUGAAGAAGGAACCGCUAAGAAGUUCUGGGAUAAGUUUAGUAAAGAAUCGAUUUUGACGCUUUAUACGCCGUUUGUUGUUUCUUUGGCUUCUGGGAAUUUGAAGGUUGAUGCGUUUGGGCAUUAUGUAGCACAGGAUGUUCAGUUUUAUAAAUGCUUUGCUCAAGCAUACGAACUGGCAGAGGAUUGCGCAGAUGACGAUGAUGCUAAAGUUUCCAUUGUUGGAUUACGAAAGAGGGUUCUUAAAGAGCUUAAACACCAUGACUCUUUUGUCCAAGAGUGGGGUCUAGACUUGUCAAAAGAAACUACACCAAACCCUGCAACUACAAAGUACACAAAUUUCGUGUUGGCAACCGCGUCCGGGAAAGUUGAAGGCGUAAAAGGUCCCGGUGAACUUGCCACUCCUUUUGAAAAAACAAAAGUUGCAGCGUAUACGCUUAGUGCAAUCGCUCCUUCUAUGAGGCUCAAUGUUUUUCUUGGUAAGGAGCUUAUGGAUUUUAAUGGUGAUCAACACCCGUACAAGAAAUGGAUCGACAAGUACUCCUCUGAAGCUUAUCAGGCAGCAAUGCUCCUGACUGAAGAUGUGCUAGACAAGUUAAGUGUUUCUUUGACGGGCGAAGAGCUUGAUACUAUGCAAAAACUUUAUCAUCAAGCAUUAAAACUCGAGAUGGAGUUCUUUCUAUCUCUGCCUGUUGAUCAACAGACGGUUCUUCCAUUAUCAAAGCAGCAUGUUUCUACUGAACACCGUCUUACGAUAUUUUCCGAUUUUGACUUAACAUGCACUGUGGUGGAUUCUUCUGCCAUUUUGGCUGAGAUUGCGAUUGUUACUGCACGGAAAUCAGAUCAAAGUCAACCCGGAAGUCAAAAUCAACCGGAAAGUCAAAGUCAAAUUGCUAGGAUGUCCUCGGCUGACUUGAGAAGCACAUGCGAGUUACUCGAGAAAGAGUAUACAGAAGAGUAUGAACGGUGCAUAGAAAAUAUGCUGACCAAUCAGAAAGCUGAGGAGUUUGAUUACGAGGGACUGAAGACGGCACUUGAACAACUAUCAGAAUUUGAGAGAAGGGCGAACAAGAAAGUGAUUGAAUCCAAUGUACUCAAGGGUUUGAAUCUUGACGAUAUUAAACGUGCCGGUGAACGCCUUAUUCUUCAUGAUGGUUGCAUGAGUUUCUUUCAAAGCAUCACCAACAACCAACAUUUAAAUGUAAUUGUUCACGUUCUAUCAUACUGUUGGUGUGCCGAUCUUAUUCGGUCUUCUUUCUCUUCAGGGGGCAUACCCACAAUGAAUGUACACGCGAAUGAGUUCUUGUACGAAAACUCUCUAUCCACUGGCGAAAUCAUCAAAACGAUCGAGACCCCUAUUGACAAGCUUCAAGCUUUUACCGAUAUUCUUAAAAAUAGCGUCGAAAGUGACAAAACAAAUCUGACGAUUUACAUUGGUGACUCGGUUGGCGACUUGCUUUGCCUUCUAGAAGCUGAUAUCGGCAUAGUUAUUGCUUCAAGUUCAAGCCUUCAAAAAAUCGCAACCCAUUUUGGUGUUUCGUUUGUUCCGUUAUUUUCUGCUUUAAUCAAGAAACAAAAAGAGCACGUCGAAGGAAGUGCGUUUGGUUGGAAGGGGUUAUCGGGCCUUUUGUAUACGGUUUCUAGCUGGGCUGAAGUACAUUCUUUCAUCAUCGGUUCUUGAAAUGGAUCGUUUCUUCUGUGUAGUUAUAGAACAAAGAGGACGCAUCUUUACAUAUAACAGAAUGAAGAUGCAACUUGUCAUGGCUGCUGAUUUUAAUAUGGGCCAUAUAUUUUCAUAAAUCUCGUGUUUUUUCAUCUCAAAACAGGAAUUUCUGCUUGUAUAAUGAAUGUCGUCAAGCGGGCAGAGUGUUUCUGUUGCUGAGAUGAAUGGUUUCAUAAGCUUGAAGGGUUUAUUUUCAUAAUUCAAGUUUUUGAAUUUUUUUUUUUUCAGAUUUUGAUUCGAUUUUUUGGCUGGUAAAUAUGUGAAUCCUGUGAUGAAACCUCUGGAAAACCUACAAUUGCACAUCAGAUGCUAUUUUUCUAUUGAUAUGGUAAUGCUGGAAAAGUUGAUAUAAUGAUUUUUACUUC